UUAAAUGUGAUUUGAUAAUGCCGCGUAUAAAGAAACGUAUUUAAAUCAACAGUUUGUAACGGGCGCUUUACAUUUAAAUUGAAAACUGCCCCAAUGACAACCGAGAGAAACGACAGGCGCGCAUGACCAACAAUAUUGUCAACAUUGGCAAUAAACAAAAAUAUUCGUGGCUUAGCAGUGACAACAAUGCAAGCACAACACAAGUGAAUCAGUUGCAUUUCUCAUGUGGCAGCAAUAUCACCUAACAACGUGGAACUUAUGUAAAUAAGUAGUAGAAAUAUUUGAGUGUGUUGCAGACGCCAGAGACGUAUGAACAAAAAGUAUGCAAAUUGUACUACUUAAUCAAGCAAUGUGAGGGAAGCCCAAAGCGCAGCAUAAUUAUUAUGGCUUCUUUGCGCGUAGUUAAUAGAUUAGUCUGUCGGGGAUUUAUUGUGCUCACGCUUUUGCUCAUGUUCUUCAAUGAAGUACUUAUAUAUUAUAUUGCUCAAUCCGGCUGGCAUUCCAUCGAUUGUCAACAGGAGAACUGCACACGUCUUUUAUUAAUUGCGGAUCCUCAAAUCUUGGGCAACUCCUAUGAUCGAUCCUCGCAUAGUCCAAUUGCACGCUAUGAUUCGGAUAGAUAUUUACAAAAGUCCUUUGAACGUGCCAUAUCAUUUACACAGCCACACAUUAUAGUUUUUUUGGGAGAUCUACUCGAUGAGGGUAACAUAGCUACCGCUCAGGAAUACAAGCAAUAUGUGAAGCGCUUUAAGCGCAUCUUUCAAAACAAUAGGUUAACAAACCGCAUCCAUGUACCAGGUGAUAACGAUAUUGGCGGCGAUAAUGGGGAUUAUAUUUCCAACUCAAAUCAGCGACGUUUCGAAAACGAAUUUAUGAGCGAGGAUCUAUUUGAUUAUGACAAUCACUUGCGUUUUUUCAAGAUCAAUCGCAUGCUAUUAGAUUUUACGAAUCCCGAUAAGGAUCACAAUGCCGAUCGCCUGCGUAUUGGAGUCUCCCAUGCUCCACUUUUAAUUGGAGGUGGUCCAUUGUUGAGGGCCAUCAUCAGCGAUUUGGAUCCACAUAUUAUAUUUUCGGGGCAUUGGCAUGAAUCCCGCAUAUUUAUAUAUCCCUCCACAAAAGUCAUAAAUUUCUAUGAGAAUGCCGUAAGACAUUUCGAUCUAAAAUCGUUGAAGGAACAGGAUCACAGUUACUUGGAGAUAAUGGUGCCCACAUGCUCCUAUCGCAUGGGUAAAUCGAAAAUUGGCAUGGGCUACGCAGUGUUGGAGGAUUAUAAUCUUAGCUACACGGUGCUGUGGCAGCCAAAUCGAUUUAUUCUUCUCUUCACAUACGUCUUCUGGGGUCUAUUUGUGCUCUGUGGCGGCAUUGUCUACAAAAUGAUGACACGUUGUCCCUUCCGAGUGGCCAAACGCCAAACAAUCUAUAAUCGCGUAUCAAAUAUACCUCAAUUCUAGACUGUUUAAUCAAUCCUAGCACUUAAGCUUAGAAUCUCCUUUUCACCUGUAUUUAAAUUGUAGUGAAUUGUACAAGAACUGAAUUUGCAAUAGCCAAAACAAUACUAAAUUUAAAUUUUAAAGUUAGUUAUAGCCAUAAGUUUAAUUGGUUGCAAAUGAAACUUGCUCUGAAGUAUAAAGUUAAAGACAAGAUGGUGUUAAGCGAAUACCAAAAUUAAGCUUUCAAAUAAAACUUAUUUAUUAAUUAAAAAACAAAA